AUGUCAUCCACAACACAAAUUAUUACGCACAGCAAUGGCGCCGCUGGUGGUGCUGUGAUAACUACAAAUCGGCUCAUUCUUCGGCCCUCCACCUUCGCAGACGCCCCGGAUAUGGCACGGCUUGCAAACAACCUCAAGAUAGCAGGGAACAUGCGGAACACCUUCCCAUCGCCUUAUCUGCUCGAGCAUGCUGAGGGCUGGCUCACACUAUGCGCCAAAGACCCGGGCAACUACUUCGCUAUUUGCAGAGCAGAGGAUGGGGCCUUCGUUGGCAACAUGGGCAUCAUUCGGGGCAAUGAUGUGCUGCAUCGCACCUGGGAGCUCGGCUACUGGAUCGGCGAGGAGUAUUGGGGACAGGGUUUCGCGAGCGAGGCUUUGGUAGCUCUCUGCAGAUUCUGCUUCGAGCAAAACCCUGAACUCUUGAGGUUAGAAGCAUCCAUGUUCAGUACUAAUGCGGCGAGCCGAAGAGUGCUCGAGAAGGCUGGCUGGACGUACGAGGGUACCAAGAGGCAAGCCGUUGAAAAGGAGGGCCAAGUCCUCGAUCUGUUACUUUUCUCGAUUCUUAGACAUGAGAGUCUCUGUUGA